AGUGCCUUGUGUUGAGAUGCGUUAGUGCAUACGUCUGAAUAUGGAACGAUUUACGAUUUUGAUAAUAUCCAUUGCAGUAUGCAUUGUUCAGUGUCAAGAAGAAGAUGAUACUGUAUUGUCUGCUGUGCUAACUCCGGGCCAGAAUCUAAUUCGACAGGAGAGGAGUUACUACGAAAGAUACGGGAGUGCCCGACCGUAUGACAGACUAGACGACAGACCGUCAAGAUGUGGUCGUUGUGACGACGAUGACGACGAUUACGACAGGGGACGUGACAGAGAUGACGAUCGACGAUCUAACAGACCGACACAAAACAACAGAUAUGACAGGAACAACAAUGAUGAUGACGAUAGAAGAUACGAUAAUGACAGAAACAACAGUAACAAGAACGGUACCGACGACGAAAACGACGACAAGAAGCGUCCUCAUGAUGACAGAAAUAGGGAUAAACAUUACGGAGGCAGGCGAGACAAGCACAGAAACAGAUAUGACGACAGAGACAGGUAUAGCCCAGAUUACUACGACAGAUUCCUUAGAGACCCGUACAGGGAUAGGGAUCGGUAUUACGAGGAACCGUAUCCCAGGAGACCUAGUUACGGCAGAUAUCCUCCCUAUCCUUAUGAUAGAUAUGAUGAUUAUGGUGGAGGAUAUGAUCGAUAUGGUUCGGGAUACAGAAGCCCGUAUUAUGAGGAAAGAUAUAACAGAGGGGGUGGAUAUGACGACGCUUACGGAGGUUAUGGUCCAGGAGUAGGAAGAGGUCCACACGAGAGUUUCAGACCUUGGGACGAGACAUACAGAGGACAAGCAGGUUGGGACGCAGGCGGACGAGGAUACUACUUCGCGUCUGGUCGACCAGACGCCGGUUCUUGGGGACAGCGUGAAUAUUCUAGACCUAUCACAUCUGGAGGUGGUUGGCAGAACUCGGGCUAUAGUGGAUAUUCAAACGGUAAUGGGUACUCCAGUGGAUACCCUGCUUACCGUGGCUCGGGGGGAUACUCUGAUGGAUACCAGGACUUGAAUGGAUAUGGGCAGUCCAGCGGCUGGCGCAGUGUUGGAGAAAGACGGCCUUAUAGAGAUCAAAGUGGUGUUGCUAACUUGGACAAACGAAGAGCACCACAGGAUAGUCGUUAUGGGCAAAAUCAACCUGGUUACAGCCAAGCCUACCAGCCAGGCACUUACACCCAGAGCAGUACUACGCCUGGAACCAGCUACUUAUUCCAGCGGGAGGACGAAAUAGUCACUCAAGCCGACACGACUGUGCCGCCAUCUUAGAUACGCCAUUACAUUCAAACAUUUUUUCCUGUCUUUAUGUCAAUUCAUACAUUUUGUACUUUUAAUGACAUAGAUUAAAUUUAAUAAAUAAAUGAUAAAUGGAAAAUAUAAA